UUGUGGUGGCUGACUUCUCUGUCCUGCAGUUUCCCUACAAAGAUGAUUGAUUGCUUCACCAAUGGAACUAUGGCAGCUCUUGCUGUGAAAGUGGAAUCUGUCCCCAGCUUGUCUCCAAGUCAACUAUCUCUAAGGGAUCCGAGUUGCCGGCCUCUUCAGUCUGAUGCUAUCAAUGCGGUUUUCUACUUCAAUGUCAACUCCUGUGGCACAACUAGAAGGUUUGACAACAACCUCCUGACUUAUGAGAAAGAAGUGCUGUUCACAUCUUACCGGUUGAGAGUUGCCUGUCACUACCUGGUCAAUGACACCAAGGUAGUGCAGUUCUUGUACCAGAAUAAUCCUGCACCUGUAGUCCAGCCUGGCUUGGGGGACCUUGCAGUCAUCAUGCGGCUUGCAUUGGAUUCAACCUACAAUGACUUCUAUGGCGCUCAGGAUUACCCUGUUGUGAAGUACUUGCGAAGACCCUUGUAUUUUGAGGUAGAGAUCCUGUACAGCAGGGAUCCACAGGCUGAAUUGUUUUUGGAGAACUGCUGGGCAACCUAUUCUGCUGACAGGAAUAGCUCUCCAAAGUGGGAUGUUGUUGUGGACAGUUGUGAGAACUCUGCAGAUGAGUACUUGACCAUCUUUCACCCAGUCUCCAGCAAUGCAAGAGUGCUGUUCCCUUCCCAUCUGAAGAGGUUUGAAGUGAAAAUGUUUUCCUUCAAGCGGCCGGGAUGCACUGAAAGGACAGAUUUACUUCCACUGCAGUGUUGUGAUAUGUGAUUCAAACCGGCCAUCAGACAGCCUCUGUAGGAGACGGUGCAUUCCAGGGAAACAGAGGCUUGGUCGCAGUGCUGAAGGGAUGGAUGGUGGUGCAUUAAAGGUGUUUGUGUCUUCUGGCCCAAUUGAGCUGAAGAGAGAUGGGUCCCUUCACUUUAUGCCUAGA